AUGUGGACUUCGUUAGAGAAUAGGCCAUCCAAAAAACAGUGUGUUUCCCCGUGUAAAAUAUUCCACACUUGGUGCAAGAACAAUGGCAGAUGUAGGGAGAAGGGUGCAGAUUGUACGUGGUACUGUGAAUGUCCAGAAAAUUGUAAUGGAUUUUUCUGUGAAAAGAUUCUUACUAAUGGGACUGACUCGGGUGUCCCCGCGGGCGGGGAGACAUUUGAAGUAAACGUGCUCGUCGAAAAGGAGAAGAAGAAAAAGGUGUCCACAUUUGACAAAUCAAAAUUAGCGCAGGCGCUAGCAGGAAUCAUACUUGACAGAGAUGCACCGCCAAGUAAGUCUGGAGAGUCGAAGGCGGAAUCGCCGACAAUUGACAGAAUUGACACUGGCGGUGAAAUUUCGGUGAAGGAAAAUAUAACUAAAACUAUUAUCGUUAACUGCACACCAAGCAACGACACAAAUAUAAUGACUGACAAAUCAGGGGACAAACAAAAUGUCAACACGUCAACUGUCUUACCGCCGACGUUAAUUGAAACUACACAAGCGUCUAACGGUUCAAAAAGCACCCUGUUAACAACAACACUUGCGUCAUCUACGGCUUCUAUGACGUCAGACACGUCAACUGAUGCAACAGUUAUGUCAGAAGGAUCAAACAACAAUAACCCAAUCACUGCACAUGGCAUAAGUGCGGGUAAAACGUCUGAGCUCCUUGAAAUUAUAGAAAAGGCUUUGCAAGUGGAAAAAAUUACGACUCCACCUAGUUCUUCAUCGACACCAACAACAUUAACUCCAUCUCAAUCAUCAGACACAACAACAACAACAACCAUAACAACCGCUUCCUCAGAACAAGUGACAACAACAACAGCAACCACAAAGACGACGGCAUCUUCCGGUGAAAAAAUCAGUUCAGCCUUGAACACAGAAAACAAUAAAAACAAAUCGCCAUCAAUGGGCACUUCGCCGAGUGAAAGUAUGUCCUCUAGUGUCAUAAAUAAUGAUAAUCUUGCACGAUCGGCCAUAAAUAUGACAGCCGGUGCAAAUGAGAGUCACGGGCAUGUGUCAAAAUUAGCAACAUCGUUAUCUAAGAUGGACGGCAAAAUUCGGACAGCUGAGUCCGAACCACAUCUAGAAGUGUCAUCGGCUCCUAUUAUCGUAGACAAAGUUCCAAAACAAAACACAGAGAAAAAGGAACAAGCAAUCGUUAGCACAAAAACAGAUAGCGAAAAAACGCCGACCAGUAAACAGACUUCGACAGAAGGUCUAGACGUUGCGAAAAAUGACAUUGCAAUGAAAGACACUGAAAAAAGCGAUACAAAUGUGCGCGAAACUCACACUGAAGGAUCGGGUUUUCCACCAAAAGAUAUUGAGAGUCCCUCUGCCCCAUCAACACCUUUAACAUCGCCAGAUACUCUGGUCUCAUCUACGUCAACGCAAAAACAUGAAUCUUCCACUCAACAAGCGACAAGUAAGCCUAAGGAAACAAUGGUAAAAUCUCAACCGAAAUCUAACGCCGUUCAAGAUGAAAUUCGGAAACUUUCUGAAACGUCGACAUCACAGAUGAUAUCAUCAACAACGUUACUGCAAAAACCUGAUGCAGAUAUCACAAAGGAACCACAAACGACCACACAUUCAGCAUCAAUACCAACAACCAAAGCAUCAAUUUCAACUUCUACACAAAAGCUAACGACACCUACUACGUCGGCAGAAAGUACAUCUUCGGCCAUGAGUAGCUCGCCAUCAUCAACAACAGCAACGGUCGUUGCGAUACAAACAACACCAGCAUCAACUAGUGCUUUAGAUAUCCCGGAUGUAGAAAAAGCAAAUUCAAAUAAGAUAUCUCAAAUCCAGCAUGGAGCAUCCGAUUCGGCCCCGACAGACAUAAUCUCAUCGCUGAAACCCGAACAAAGCGCUUCCACUACACAAACCGAAUCAACAAUUACAACCACAGCUACAACAUCUCCUACAGAAUUAUCUACUACCACGGCGAAAAAUACAGAAACAUCAACGAACACCCUAAAACCAAGUUCUGCUGCAACAACUACGCUAGAAACGCAAAAGUCGACCACUGCUACAUCUACUACCGAAACAACACAGAAAUUGAAUUCAACAUCUACUGCAACAACAGCAACGUCGAGCGCUACCGAAUCUGAACGAUCUGUACCAAGAAAUGCUGGCUCUGGAGUAGAUAUGGGCAUUAAGCCAAUCGUUGCUGGCGCUGCUGAUCUAAGCGCUGGGAGUGCAGAGCAUUUCAAGGACUUUCACGAACUCAGUGGUCUUACAAAUAAACUAAGUGAGUCUGUAAAGGAUAUAAAGUUAGACCAAAUUAAACAAGAACUUCUUCACAAAAACAUUCCUUUAAAUGAGCUGAACAAUAUUUUGUGA